AAACAAAAUCUCAGUAAUUUAUCUCUGUUACACUGCGCAUGUCAUUUAAUAGAAUCCCUGACUUGUUGUAACAUCGUCAUUGUGAUUUUUUAGAAAUCUAUUUAAAUAUUUCUUUAUAAUUUAAUAUACAUAUAUAAAAUGGCUUUAAGCGAGAAUGAUCCAAAUUCAUUUUCUAGGCCAGAUCUGGCAGUUGUAACUCAUGUUCAUCUAGAGUUAAAUGUUGAUUUUAAUAGAAAAGUUUUGUCAGGUAAAGCAAUUCUAGACAUAGAAAAAAAAGGUGCUACAAAUACAGUGAUUUUAGAUAAUCGUGAUCUUAUCAUAUUAUCAGUUAUAAAUGUUGAUAAUGGAUCCACUCUAAACUAUAAAAUAGAAAAUGAUAUUGGAUAUGGCUCUAAGUUUAUUAUAGAAUUACCAACACCUAUAGAUGCAUCUAAUGAAAAUGAUACAAGAUACAAAUUUGAAAUUAACUAUGAGACAUCAUCAGAUGCAACUGGUUUACAAUGGUUGACACCUGAACAAACAGCUGGAGGAAAAUAUCCUUAUUUAUUUUCUCAAUGUGAGGCUAUACAUGCUAGAUCUGUGCUACCUUGUCAAGAUACACCAUCUGUUAAAUUCACUUAUUCUGCUAAGAUAUCAGCACCACAAGAGAUGACAGUAUUAAUGUCUGCUUUAUUAGAUGAUGUUACAAAUUCUGAAACAACAAAAAUAUAUAGAUUUCACCAACCUAUUCCAAUACCAUCAUACUUAAUAGCUAUUGCAGUAGGUGUAUUAGCAUCUAAAAAGAUUGGUCCUAGAAGUACUGUCUGGGCUGAGCAAGAGUAUAUAGAUCGUAGUGCAUAUGAAUUUGCAGAAACUGAGACUAUGUUACAAAUUGCUGAACAAAUAUGUGGACCCUAUGUGUGGGGUGUAUAUGACUUAUUAGUGCUCCCACCAAGCUUUCCAUUUGGAGGAAUGGAAAAUCCAUGUCUAACAUUUGUCACACCAACUCUUCUUGCUGGAGAUCGUUCUCUAGCUAAUGUAGUAGCUCAUGAAAUUGCACAUAGCUGGACUGGGAACUUAGUAACAAAUGCAAAUUUUGAACAUUUUUGGUUGAAUGAAGGUUUCACAAUGUUUGUUGAGAGAAAAAUAAAUGGAAGGAUGUUUGGUGAAAAGUACCGCCAAUUUAGUGCAUUAAAUGGACUUAAAUCUUUGGAAGAAUGUAUUGAAACACUUGGAAAAUCAAAUCAGAUAACAAAUUUAGUUCCAAACUUAAUAGGGAUCAAUCCUGAUGAUUCAUUUUCAGUUGUACCUUAUGAAAAAGGUCAUACACUUUUAUUUUAUUUAGAACAAUUAUUGGGUGGUUCAGAUGUAUUUGAACCUUUCUUAAAGUCAUAUUUAAAUACAUAUGAAUAUAAAAGUAUAAUUACUAAUAACUGGAAGGAAUAUCUAUACAAGUAUUUUCCAAAUAAGAUUGAGCUAUUAGAUUCAGUGGAUUGGAAUGCAUGGUUUAAUACACCUGGCAUGCCACCAGUAAUUCCAAAUUAUGAUAAAAGUUUAGCUAUUGCCUGCACUGAAUUAGCACAAAAAUGGAUUUCAUGGGAAGAAACUACUACAUCACCUUUUGACAAAAAUGAUAUACAAAAUUUAACUGCAAUUCAAAAGAUAACAUUUUUAGCUGAGUUACGUGCAUCGUCCACUAUUUUGUCAUUAAAAAAACUUGAAACUAUGCAAGAUACAUAUGAUUUUAAUUCUAUAAAAAAUGCUGAAAUAAGAUUUUUAUGGUUACGCUUAUGUAUAAAAAGUCGUUGGGCAUCGAAAGUAUCAGAUGCUUUAGAUUUUGCAACAGAACAAGGACGAUUGAAAUUUGUUCGCCCGAUAUUUCGUGACCUUUACAAAUGGGAGGAAAUGCGUCAGACUGCAGUGGAUACAUAUUUAAAAAAUAAAAAUAAAAUGAUGUAUGUUACUGCACAUAUGGUAGCUAAAGAUCUUCAUCUUAAUGACUGAAAAAUUAUGUAAUUUUGUCAAUAAUGUAUUUUUGUAAUAAAUAAUUGGCUUUUCAUAUUCUGAAAA